CGUAGCAGCCAUAGAAAGCAGGGGGUUUCAUUGUGGCGGAUACGUACGUUGUGGGUUGAAUGUACGCUCUACAUAGCCUAGGUUCUUUGUGAGUGAAUUUCUGUGCUCAAGCGUGACGUAAAACAAUUAAUUGGAUCGUUGGCAGUAUCCGUAACGAAUAUACUGCUGCGUUUUAAUAUAGUACAGUGGCAGUGGUUAUCACUGCCGCAGCUCAUUUUGUCGUUCCCAAAUCCAAGUCACCAGUACAGUCAUCUCGGAUGCGUCUAGUAGUAGCUCUAUGGCCAUCUUGAAUCUCAACUGAACACAUAAUUGAGAAGUUCAUUGAAAGAUUAAGUUCAUUUGCCAUUUAGUAUGCGGAAAAAAGAAAAAGUUAAUAGUUCCCGUAAAAGCGCGACUGAAUCGUACGGUUACGGGGUGGUAGCUGCACGCUAAUAAGGAAACAAAUACGAGCCGUGUCUGUCGAGUGGCAUUCGGUGAGGAAAAGUCAUGCUGACAGUAUUUGAGACCUGGCAAGGGGUUACGGUGCUGCGCAUUAAUUUGCAUGGCCGAGCUUAUGAUGUAAACGUGGUGCUACCAGUGCGGAGUGAGUGGAAAACAGCAUGAAUGAAGACAUGACUUUUACAGAGCGGGAACGAGCUGAACCGAGGCGAAAUUCUCUGAGGACUGAAGACGACGAGGACAAGCAGGCGAAAAAGUUCGCGCAGAAAAUGGUCAAUUGCCUGUCAAGUGAAGCUAAUGACAUGAUGGCAUCAGCUGCUAUUGCCGACCAAGCGUGUCUCCAGAGUGAAGUCUCCGUGUCAAACUUAGCUAAAGUCGAAUGGGAUCGGGUGGAAACAGAAUUCUCAGAGGAGACACAAAAAUUUUCCACUCGGAGCCUUCACAGAGCACAGACUCUGUUCUCUGUACACCCAUCAUCACCAGUUCUCAGCAAGCCUGCCGUCAGUUCCUGUAACCUCGGCAGCACAGUGUUAUUAUGUAUUGAUAGACUUCUUCAUGUGUUCGACGGCGGCCAGCAUACCGUCGCCGUUGAGCUGGAUUCAAUGGCAGAGCAAAUGGCCGUGCUAGACCAUCAACCGCGGAUGACUGUUCUCGCUAAAAGCAAUGGGGAAAUCGAAUUCAUGGACAUGUCGGGAACCAGUCUCUUUAACCAUCAGCUUACACAAGUGGAAGAUGAUACAUCCGAACAAAGUAAUAAUACGGAAAAGAUAUUUCUGUUUUUGGAGGCCACACCCAACGCAUUGUGCCUUCUUACAAAGGGGCUGAAACUAUUUGUGUUAAGAAAAAAGGGCGAUACCCUAAAGGAGAACAGUCAUUACACUGAAAGCUCACAUCCGAAUGUUGAAAGUGACAGCCACGAAGACAUUGGACGUAUUGAAAAUGAAGAUCUAGCAGUGGGUAUCGACCAAGACAGUCAUAUGGAUGAUGCUUCUGAUACCGAAAAGAAACUAGUAGGGUCAAAUACUCUACAAGAUCUGCUCGAAAUAUCAUCCUUUGAUCUAGCUGCAUCUGCAAGCAUCCAAGAAGUAUCUGCUCUGGCCAUGGUUGAAGAUUUGUUAAUCUUCUCCAGUGGUGCGGAUGGUGCCUUAUAUCGAAUGGAUGUUUCGGAUGGAUCGUUGCUGACGCUCUCAACUGCAUUUCCAGGAGGACGCAUAUCAAAGAUUUUAGCUACCGGAGAUAAGCGCUAUCUUGUGAUCCUAUCAGGGAACGGCUUGGUCGCAAUAAUGUGCUUGCGAACAUUCCUUUUGGUCGAUUUUUUCAUGAACUACAACUUCGGCGACAUCGCGUUGUCGCAAAUGUCCGAAGAUGGGGGGCAGGUUUUAAAAGUACAGUUAGUAGGAUAUCAUCAAAUGGACAGGAGAAUCGCCGUUUACAGUCUGCCAAAAAUUUCCGAAGAGUACAGUGUAGAGAUGAGUGGUCACGUGACCCUGGUCAAGCCAUGCUCACCAAGCGAGGAACUGAUUAUCGUUCAGAUUAAUGACGAGCUAAGCACGAUUACAGUGAAAUCAAUUAAUGAAAGUUUGCCUCAAACGAAACUUGAAGUUCUUUUGCUUAAGAAAAAAUACGAAGAGGCAGAACAGCUUGCUAAACUCUUUCAACUAUCUGUUCAGGACGUGUAUCUGGAAGAGUUCUAUAGCCUUCUCGACAUAUUGGGGCGACACGAUCAAGAUCAGGACCAAGAUAAAAAUGAGGUCGCAUUUGCACGAUUGCUGGAAUUAUACCACAAACUUGGAUCGCCGAUGGAGGUGUACGGAGGGGUAAUUCGCUCGCUACCGGCCAGUUUGGAGCAUGCGUUGAAAAUUUUGGAAUUACUUGCGUCGGACCUACAGCAAAGUCAUAACGGAAAUGGAAGCAGUAAUGAGCUGGCCGACGUUGUCCUUUCACAGUAUAAACUUACCACGUUUAAGCUGGUUGAGACUGAACAUCACUUCGAGUUGUGGAACAAUUUUCUGAAAACACCGACGCUUAGUCUCGUAGUCGAAAGUCUCAACCAUAACCAGAAUGCGAGAGCGCUUACCAUAUGGUGUCGGCACCGUGAUAUGAUUUGUGGGAGUUCUGAUCUAAAGGCUAUACGCGACUUCCUCAAUUCGAUUCCGCCUGUCAUUGAUGAGAUGAAGAAAUGGCUUAUUGAGGGACGCCUGUUUGCCUAUAUAGUUAGUGACUUUCCGGAAGCUAUAAAUGAUCUUAUUGCAAAGGUGGUAGAAGCAGCGAGCAUUGCUGAAAUUCGCAACCCGAUUUCGUGGCCAAUGUCUUCUCUGGAUUUGUUAAACGCUGUUCAGACAGAAUUUGACUGCAUAUUAAAUCCGAAAGCGGACCAAAUGGUCUCGUUACCCGCCGUCGUUAACGCAAUGCAAAUGUUUCAAGGUUUAAAGGUUAAGGACUCUCCGGUACAUAAAAUGGCAGCGCUUCGAAAAGAUAUUUUGUUUCUGAUGGAGCUACGCCAGAAAUACAAUGUGCAUCUUUUCCUUGGUGAGUUAUCUGCGAUGCCUGAAAAGGACUUGAUGUUCUACGUGAUGAACCACCUCAGUACGGAAGUGGAGAUUCACAACUUCAUUCACUGCACACUAAAAGACGCUUGUCUCAAGAAAGGCUUUGAUCUAAACGACAUGCUGCUUGAAUAUAUCGCGCAUUUAAGAACGCAUGCCGAGGCUUCGGGUAACGUCGACUGGGAGCUAAAGGCGUGUCGGGUCUUUAAGCUUCUUGCUAUUCCAGAAUUCAUGUCAAAAGCCGCCCUAACGAUAGUCGAGGCUGCUAUUGUUCCGUGGAAACAGUGUGUCCAUGAAGUGUACGACAUUGCCGUCGGCAUGGAUUUUUUGCAUAAAGAAAAACUUGAAAGGCUGAAGAGAGACAUUCCAUUAAAGCUUCUCCUCCGAAAGCAUAUGGUACCGCCAAUAGAUUUGGAUGAAGAAGAUGUAGUCACACUUCUAAUUAAUGCCGGUGAACCUUUAAAAGAAUUGCUCAACGUUUCGCAAGAAGUGGGCUGGUCGAGAAGCAAAAUUCUUGUUGAGUUCUUAUUGAAGUGCUGUGAGAAUGAAGAUGCCGAUGAGGUAGAACGGUUCUUAAAGGACUACCAAAAGGAACUGGCUGAAAGGAUGGUCUGGGCCAGGCUACAGUGCAUUAUCGAUAUAACAAAUUCCUGUACCAAACAGUCAGCUCUUUUGCGUUACGCACUCAAUUGUUGUAGCACUGCGUCGUCCGAUCAAGUUGGCCAAGUGGAUUCGAUGUCGCAGAUCCUAAGUGAACUACAGGGUCAGACUGCUGAUGAGAUCUUCUGUGAGCUAUAUCUUUACAGCCAAGAACGCUGCUGUCGAGUAGAAGAUCUCCUGUACGACCUUCUGGUCGAAGCGGUUGGCAAUGCCGAUGCAAAACUUCCGCUAAUUGCUGCCUGUUUCCUGCAACAGGAUGUCAAUGAACGUGUGUGCCUUCUCGCCGUGCAGUAUUUAUUGUCCAACUAUUCCGUAACGAAAGUCAGUAAUAUUUUAGAGCGAAUGAUGGCCAAAUGCAACAUCGAAGAUGCUGGCUAUAGCUUAUAUCUACUGUGGACAUCAUGCCUUGCGCACUUCAACCUGAAAACCAGUAACGACCCGUUUGUCUGCUGGAAAUUCUCGGCAGAUAUUAGUGCUCAGCACUUAUCGAUGCCGCCGGCCGUUAUCGCCAAUGUGGACAAACUUGUCAAUGGUAUUUUCGACGAGAGCACUCGAGAAAUGACUUUGGAUGGUUGGCUAGACAGAGUUCUCAUGGCUACGCGCCAGUGUUGCGAAGAAUUACAACGCGUCUCAGCCGUUCAUCUUGCCUACGAGCUGGUGACGUGCGUUCGGCAUACACUAGAAUUCUACGAUAUUAAAGAGCCAAUCUCACUUGCGAAACUCGCUACUGACAAUGCAAAGAGUUUGAUCCGUGAGCAUAUUUCAUCGAAGUACUGUGACCUUUUCUUCACUGCACACGUUCUAGCAGAGCUGGGGUCCGACCUUCGCGUUCAAUACUUCCAGUCGAUGCUGGCGCACUCACUGUCCAACACAGCGAUGGUUAUCAAACUGGCUUCUGUUGGACUUCUAGUGAGUGAUAUGCUUCACUUGGCGGGCAAGAGUCAUCUAACCGGAACACUAAAAGCUAGCGAAUGGUGUCUAAGGCUAGCAGAUUAUCGUGUGGACGUAAAAAAAAUUGUAAAGGAAGGCUUUAACCAGCGGAAUGCUGAUGACGUAGCGGAGAAGCUCACCCAAAGCACAAACGUCAACAUUGACCUUGUGAAGCAGUUUGCGCAGGACUUCUCGUUGGGCUCAUUGAGCGUGCAUGCCUCGAGACUAUUCCAACAUUUGCUAACGUCGGCAGUUGAAGAAGUACACCAAGGAAAUGCGCAGGUCGUGUAUCUUGAGCUCCUCCCAAAAGCCGACAAUCUCUUAGGUCUUCUCAGCCGUGAAGAAGCUCUAACAAGUUUGCUUGGAGUACUACCCCAAAUUGAUGACUAUUGCUAUGAAGUGCUACAAUACGUCUACGAAAAACUUGAAUCGCUGGGACGUGAUCAGCGCAAAGAGCUUCAUCUGUUGCUUUUCCUAAAAGGCUAUCAUCGAAAAAGUAAGAUUUCAACGAAGGAAUCUCUCCAGUGGACUAUGCUGCACCCCGAGUACUGCGUCCUUCCUGAUAUGGCGACGCGCAGAAUACCGUUGCGCAUCACUAUGGAAAAGCCUGAGGUAGUGUUGACCGCAGAGCUAAACGCGGCCAACAUUGACGACUGGGUUUCGGUGUGCCAUUUAAUUAGUGGUCUUAACCCUGAUGAUAUGCGCGUUUUAGCGCUGACAAACUCCGUUAAGCAGUACAAACAAAGGGCUAGCACAUUUAGCUGCGACGAAAAACUCGUGGAGUUCUUUAUGAAGCUAGUUGACGACAUGACCGACGAAAAGAAGGCACUCAGCAGUGCCCUCCACAUGUUUAAUGAUCUGCCCAAGGGAAAAACAAAGGUUCAAAUAGCGCAAGAGCUCUGGAGGUAUGCAAAUGAAUGUACGCCAUCGAUGGGCAAGAUCGCACAAACAUUCUAUUCACAGUAUCGAGCACUGGGCUGCGAAAUUGUACUGCGCGAAAACAGCUUUGAGGAAAAUGGUCUAUUAAAGCGUUGUACCGACCCUAAUGACUUAGUGGCUACAAUCCUUCGUAGCAAGCUGAACUCGAACCUAACACUUGAUGUUGCCCGAAUCCUGCCUAUCAUUGAGCAUACAGCGGCACUCGCAAACGUCAAUACGAAAGAUUUCCUAGUGCACUUUGUGAGUAAAUGGCUGAAUGAUAAUCAAACAAAUGAAAAUCAUUCAGAUGUGACUGCAACAUUCAACUUCAACCAGAUCGUUAACGGAGCCGGCAAUUCUUUCCAGAAUAACGUGUUAAACAUUGACGACGUAGUUCGCGUUGUACGGCUUCUCGUAGCACUUCCCGACGACACGGCAGUGCAGUUAGUCAACCACAUUCUUGCCCUGCAAAAUGCUACUCACACGCUGGCAAGCGAACAACAGCUACGUACCAAUCUCGCCAUAUUGUGCGCUUUCGACAAGGAAAUGGCGUCAUCGCUCCUGGGCAUCUCGGCGAAGGCUAUUGUUCAACAGUGCAAUCAGCUUAUGUACACCGGCCGUGUUCAAAGGCAUGGGGUGGCAUUAAAUUGGUUUUUAACAUCUGAAGAGCUGGUGCGUCAGGUUGUCGACCAGCUUGUGCAGCGGAAUCAACGUGAUUCACUCGUUUUAGCUUUCCGCAUAUUUAAAGAUUUUGGUAUCUGCGAUGAGCAAACAUUGGCCACCCUGGUUGAUGGUGUAACGAGUCGGCCCGACAUCCUCGAAGAGGCUGUUCUAUUUCUACAGCGAUUCCGUGCGGUAUUUGGGCAGCCAGACUUUGUGCAGUGCUGGACUCGAAUAGCGGUUGUACAUUAUACACCUACAAGAUCUAGUUAAAAUAUAUGACAUUGCACAUUCAUGUGCCAGCAGCAUAAUUGCAAUUGGAAAUCAAGCGCAGGGCAGUAUUAGGGCCUAUGUCUGAAUAUCGUGUUCCAUUACUAACUGAUUAGGAUGGUAAGCUACUUAACGUUUUACUUGCUAUGUAAAGGUGUAACUGGAGCCCAGCGAUUUGUAAAUGUCUGCCAUUGUGUGAGCAAUUGAGAUUAAGCCAUGCAACGCAUGAGCCGUUUUUGUUGUUAAUUUAUCGGAAACCAUAUUUUGGUUCAAUGAGCUAUAUAGAUACUAAGAGAAGGAAGGCGGAAAAGCAUCGUACUGUCGGACAUUAUUGGUUUCUAUUUUACUUGCACCACUAAUUGUCUUUCUAGUACCAUUAAACGCUAAUAUGCAUAUAAUGAUAAGUUCAUUAUACAAACGUCACUAGACAAAGACAUAAAAAAAAAUGACACAAAUAAAUUCGAGACUAGGAUCAAGAGAAAGAGGAGGGCGCGAAGCUACAACAUCUGCCAUGCGCGGCACUUUUAUAGACUUCCCACAUUACAUGAACAACAAAAUGCAAUUUAAUUAUAAUCGAAUCCAGUUUGCUAUCUGCUUUGGUCCAAGAUUCCGGAUUAUUACCGCAACGUUUAACGUUUCACAAAUGCUUAGUGUGAAUUGCAUGUAUAUUAUGUCUAUCUUAACAAAGGUAAUCUAUUCGAAUGAAGGAAAGAUUGCAUCUUAUGAACCACCUGUGUAAUCAAAGCAUCAUUACAAAGCGGAUCUAUUAGAACUUACGGUGACGUUUAUGAAGGAUCUCCAAGUUGUAGUGUCAACCUAUAGUUUCAUUUGUCCCUAUUUAAGCUCUAGCUAAGCAUGCACUACCAGAAAAUAAUUAAGAUGAAACAACAAAUGAAUAUUAUUUUUAUUUUGUAUUUGCAGAAGUUGCCUUUUCGCUUUUUAUGCGCUUGUAUUGAGAGACAUUGGGUCCAGUGGAGAAAUAAAUCUAUGUACAUAUUUUGACUGCAUAUUUGGUGUUUUUCAUAAAGUUACCUUGUUAGGCUAUGAAUUUUCAGAAUCGUGUACCCACUCAUUAAGACUUGUAACCGUAGCCGAGGCUGCUUUUAGUGUCUCAUCCUACACCUAAACCGGCAAUAAGAUGUUUGUUAUUAUUAGACGUUAGUUCUUUUUGCCUAGGCACACUAAGUAGCCUUAUACCUCGGUGAAAUUAAUUAGACGAUUUUAGACGUGCUGAAACAAACUGGACGUACGUUACCAUUAAAUUUGAUUCUUGUUUUCGACCAAAGUCGCUUGUGUAAUUGGUUUCCUACAUUCAUUUUUCUUAACCAUACAAAAUCCUACAAACGAACUUCCUACUUACUACACCUUAUUCCAAUCU